AUGCCUCAAGUUCGAUGCGGUGGCAUCCUCUCCAAGAUCGUGGCAAUUCGUAGUUUUGCCUGGUCACAGAUUGCGGAUCGAUGGUUUCUCCGACGUUGCAUUUGCCUGGCUUUUGUGUCGAGAUUACACUAUCACUUGCUGAUUCUGCGUUGGACAUGCGAUGGAGGUUUCCGGGCUAUUGCUUUUAUAGAGAUAGAAGAGAUGGCUAUAGCAAUGGUGAUGUGUUGUGUGCGCGGUAGUGGUGUGGUGGUUUUGCGGAUUGGUGGUGGGAUGGCUUUUGUAGGUGGAGGAGGUGAUAGUGGUGAAUUUGGCAUGAAUGUGUUGAUGGGUGGUGGUUUUGUAGUUGAAAAUGGUGGUGAUGGUAGUUCCAACGACGACAGCGGCGUUGGUGCUGUUGAUGCAAUGGUGAGUAAUGAUACUUUGAAUUUUAUCAGAUCCAAGAGAACCCGUAAAGCAGCAAAGAGCUUGCAAGAAGACUUAUUUGAUCAAUUGGAUGAUGAACCACUUGACUUGCUUGAUCAGAAAAAGACGAAGUUUGCUUUGCGAUCAUCAGAGAUAAUGAAAAAGAAGACCGAUUCCGAUGAUGAGCUAGAGAUAGACCCCGAAGGGCGUGUAAUUAUUCGUGAGGAAGGUUGGGAAAAGAAGGGAGGUAGGUCCCACAAGCAAGAGACACCUUAUGACACCGAGGCGGACGAAGUAAGAAGCAGCUUGUCUGCAAAUUCACGAAAAACACAAAAGCGCCGGAAGACAACAGAGUCUGGGUGGGCGUAUACAGGUAGUGAGUAUGCAAGCAAGAAGGCACGUGGUGAUGUGAACAGGAAGGACAAGCUUGAACCUUAUGCCUAUUGGCCACUUGACCGAAAAAUGAUGAGUCGCAGGCCAGAGCAACGUGCAGCUGCUAGGAAAGGUAUGGCAAGUGUCGUAAAGCUAACAAAGAGGUUAGAAGGAAGAAGUGUCUCAAAUGCACUUUCUAUGAAGGGAGUUAAGUUAAAGAAGGGCAAAAAGAAAGGGAACCAAAAGAAAAGUUGAAGUUAACUGUCUUGUAGAUCAGACAGGAAAUCUGCAAUUGAGGCCAUUGAAGUUCCAUAGAGCUGCUUAAAUUUUUAUCCAGUGAGUAUGUUUCUGGGUUGGCCAGGAGUGACUUAUUUCUACUCUUUUAGGUAAUUAUGUCUUGCCUUAAACGGUACUUCUUUUCUGUACUAAAAUAUCAAAGUGAAGAUAUUAUUUAUCAUUCUUUCGACCUAUAAAGCUUGGUCUUUUGUUACUUUAGUUUAAUUCAUCGAGCACGCUUCGUGUAAAAAUUAUAAAUACAUGUGAAUGGAAUGUUGAAAACA